AUGCCCAAGUAUGGCCCUUGCAAAAAGCGUCUCGUGGGCAUAGUUUCUCUCAACGACCUUUCUUCCGAAGCCCCCAGCAUCUCAAACCGCGAUCUGGAGCUUGCCACAAAAACCAAAUAUUCUAACAAAGUUCGCAUCCAAUUGAACUACAUUCGAGAUAGCCUGUCAGAUCAGUUACCCCCUUUCAUGAUCCCACAAAUUUGGGUAGUCGUGCGAGGUAUUCCCCUGCUAGCAUCAGGCAAACUUGACAGAAAAACGGCUAUGACUUGGGUUGAUAAUAUUGAUGAAAACACGUACGAGCAAAUUAUGGGCAUAGAUGAUGAGAACAAGGACGCCGAGGAGGCAAGUGGUGUUGCCAAACUUCUGCAAAAAAUUUGGUCGACGGUGCUCAAUGUUCCCUUAAACAAAGUGAAGUUAAACCAAUCUUUUAUGAGCCUAGGAGGAGAUAGCAUCACCGCGAUGAGCGUCAUGUCUCGGUGUAGACAGGAAGGAAUCCAUUUUUCAUUACAUGAUGUCCUCCGUUGCAAAUCAAUUAUCCACCUUUCGCAACGCGCCGGCUCUACUGUGGUUGCACAGGAGAAAGAGGAAAUAAUUGACCAGCCGUUUUCCCUUCACCGAUUCAACGAUAUUGGCGCAUCAUACCGCUAUCGCGUGCACGAUCUGAUUGGAAUGCAUCAAAUUCCCCGCCUUAUCGGCGAAUCCCAAACAUGUCUAGACAUCGAAAAAGGUCCAAUCUUUGCAGCAGACAUAUUCAAUGUUCAGAAUGACGGGCAGAUGUUGUUCCUUGCCGCGCAUCACCUCUGCGUUGAUAUGGUCUCAUGGAGAAUCAUUCUCCAAGACCUCCAAGAGCACCUUGAGAAGGGUUCGUUGUCGGGGGAGAAGCCUCUCUCUUUCCAAAGAUGGUGCUCUAUGCAGGCUGAGAAUUGCGAAAAGAAUAAGCUAACAAAACUUCUUCCAUUCGACGUGAAACCUUCAGACCUUAGUUACUGGGGAAUGGAAGGAAAAAGGCCCACUUACAAGAAUGCAGAGUAUCAUACUUUCCAGGUCGACGAGGAAAUAACCAGCAAAGCGCUCGUCGAUUGUCAUAAGAUAUUCCAGACUGAGCCUAUCGACCUUUUCCUUGCUGUUCUUGCCUACUCCUUUGGUCAAGUGUUCACUGACAGAGGAUGUCCUCCAAUCUUUAAUGAAGGACACGGACGUGAACCAUGGGAAGACUCCUUGGAUAUUUCUCGGACUGUGGGUUGGUUCACCGCGAUCUGCCCGAUACAGGUGGAUGUCGACUCCACUGUUUAUGGAAAGGGUGAUAUCUUUGACACUCUACGAAGAAUAAAGGACACUAGGCGCAACAUUCCUGAUAACGGUCGGUCGUAUUUUGCACAAAAUCUUCUUUCGUCCAAAACCAUGGCCAGCGCAGACACAACAAUGGAGGUUUUGUUCAAUUAUCUAGGGCGAAUGCAGCAGCUUGAACGUGAUGAUUCGCUACUUCAGCAAACCGAUUUCGUAUCAAAUGAAAAGGACAUGUUAGCCACAAGUGACGUCGGGCCGGAUACAAAGAGACUCGCGUUGUUUGAGAUAUCUGCUAUUGUUCAAGAGGACAAAAUCCAGUUCUCCUUCAUGUUCGAUCGAGGGAUGCGCCGUACGCAAGAUAUCAAUCGCUGGAUCGUCGAAUGUCAAAGAGUCUUGAAGGAGGUGGUUUUGCGCCUUGUUCGAAGCUCGCCAGAGCCGACCUUGAGCGAUUACCCUUUGCUUCCCAUCUCUUAUGAAGGACUGAAAAAGCUUGUUAAAGUCACUUACCCCAAGGCUGGCGUGACUCAUUGUGGCCAAGUGGAAGACAUCUAUCCAUGUUCACCCAUGCAAGAGGGGAUCUUACUUAGCCAGCUCAGGGACACCGAUGCCUAUUUGUUCAACUGUAUAUUUGAGGCUACACUCAAGCAGUCUGAAAAGCAAGUGGACGUUGAGAAACUUGCGAACGCAUGGCAGCAAGUCGUACAACGCCAUGCCGCAUUGAGAACGGUCUUCGUCGAUAGCCUGUACAAGGGCGGUACUUUCGAUCAGCUAGUCGUGAAGAAGGUUGACAGUGGCGUUUUGUUUGUCAAUUGCCAUGAUUCAGAUGCCAUCGCCAAGCUCAACAGCAUCAAGUUAAAAGAUACCAAUUUCAAGAAACUCCCCAAACUACCACAUCAGGUCACUAUCUGCACUACAACUAGUGGAAGAGUACUUGUUAAGGUUGAAAUCAACCACGCAGUUAUUGAUGGAGGAUCAGUGGGUGUUAUGAUGCGCGAUUUGGCUGCCGCGUAUGAAGAUCGGCUGUCAAAUGGAACUGGACCCCUAUACAGCGACUACAUCCGGUUCAUCAGGGACAAAUCCCCUGAUGCAGAAAUUCAAUUUUGGAAAAACUAUCUGAGAGGGAUUGAACCGUGCCACUUACCCAAGCUUAACAGUGAAAUGAAAACUAAACGACAACUAUCUGUUUUCGAGGUCAAAUUCGAUCGGUUCCCGGAAUUGCAUGAGUUAUGCGAAAAGACUAACGUGACCCUAGCCAAUGUUAUGCAUACUGCUUGGGCUUUCGUUUUAAGAACGUACACCGAGUCGGAUGAUGUCUGCUUUGGAUACCUUUCUGCCGGCAGGGAUGCGCCUGUUGAUGGGAUUCAGGAAACCGUUGGAGCGUUUAUCAAUAUGCUCUGCUGCCGGGUGCGAUUCUCUCCGUCUUCAUCCAUCCACGAUGUUCUUCGCAAGGUUCAGGAUGACUACCUUGACAGCCUCCCUCACCAACGGUGUUCCCUCGCACAGGUACAACACGAACUCGGAUUGGCAAGAAAGGCACUCUACAACACUGCUUUAUCAAUUCAAAAUCAUAGCCAAUCCAAGGAUGCCGUAGAAGAGAAUUUGACCUUCGAGACGCUCUCUGCCCAUGAUCCCAGCGAGUAUGCUGUUACUGUUAAUAUUGAGACCGCCAAGCACGACGAAGCAGUAAUACUAAGAUAUUGGAGCGAUGUUAUAUCAGGUUAUGAAGUCGAGAAACUAGGCAACACAAUGGCUCAUGUGUUGACCAGUUUCCUUAAUCAACCUGGACAGCAUGUUGCAGAUUAUAACCCAUUAAUAGUCCUUGAGUCGAACGCCAUCAGAAAUGAAUCUGUUAAGGCAACUUCGGUAUCCAGGGAGCAAAAUGAGCCAUUAAAUCCCCUCCGAAAACCAGACCUGUUUGUGGAGCAAGACACCGAAUCCUUUUAUCAGCAGAGUAUGGUUGGGAGUUCGCCCGAUUUACGAAAGGCCGUUGACUCCUGUGUUCGUGAGGUCAUCCAAGAAAUGUUACAAAGCGGCACCUUGCAAAGUAAUGCCGGCUUUGAUAUGUCUGACUUAAUGAAUCGGAAGAUUUCCGAGGUUCUCGAGAAAAACCAAGCGUUUACAGAGUCCGCUCUCACCAAAAGCCAUGACACUUUCUCACCGUACCGAAAGCAGAGAUUAGAACUACCAUCUGCUUCGACUAAUUCUUACGAAGCACUGGACUACAAUCCAAAAGGCGAUCCAGAUUCCCAUUCUAUGGCGGCACAAAUUCGCCGAAGAGGCCGCUCCGCCGUUAUUGAAAAGAAACUGCUUGCGUUGUGGAGCUCAAUGCUCGAAAUGGAUGAGGAUGGAAUUACUCCAGAAGACAGCUUUUUUGAGCUCGGCGGUGACAGUCUUACAGCCAUGAAACUUGUUGGGGCGGCUCGUGAGGAAGGUCUCGCACUGACUGUCGCUGAUGUUUUCCGCAACCCUGUCUUUGAGGACAUGGUCGCUAUGAUUCGGGUUGCAAGUCUUAUGACUGCAUACGAAGAUGGACGCGACGAUGCUAAUGUGGAUGGAGGAGACCUAACUCAAUAUCGCAGGGCGGUGCCGGUUUUGCGAUCUGCAGCGAAGAGUGAAUUAUACCAACGGUUUUCCCUUGUCAAAGCUACUAACGUUGACGCAUUCCUUCAAAGCAAUAUCUGCCCCAAGGUCGGUGUUUUCAAAGGAGGUAUCGCUGACGUGCUACCGGUGACGGAUUUCCAAGGGCUCGCAAUCACAGGCUCAUUGCUAGAGUCUAGGUGGAUGUUAAAUUAUUUCUUCCUUGAUGGAAAUGGCCCCUUAGACUUGAAACAACUGAAGUUGAGCGUCUUCCGACUUGUUCACGCGGUUGACGUCCUUCGUACCGUAUUCCUCCCUCACGGAGACCGCUUUUUGCAAGUUGUCCUUCGCAAAAUGCGGCCAGAUUUCUUCGUUUACGAAACCGAGUCCAACAUGGAUGAAUUCACUGCCAUGUUACAGCAGCGCGAUCGAGAUCAAGGCCCACGACUUGGUGAACCUUUCUUUAGUUUCACCGUAGUGAAACAGAAGGACACUGACUAUCACCGGCUUAUUUUGCGCUUUUCCCAUGCUCAGUACGACGGUGUAUGUCUGCCGAAGAUCUUAAUGGCCCUUCAAUCAGCAUACCACGAUGAGCCUUUACCUCCCAUGUCAUCUUUCACCAACUACGUCCGCACGACAGCAAGCACCAUUACCUCGGACCAUUAUCAACAUUGGAGAACGCUCCUCAAAGGCUCUCGCAUGACGGACAUUAUACGGAGACACGGACCCAAUUACCGAAGAUCAGCUGGGUCAACCACCCAGCUGAAGCAGAUUAUUCUCCUGCCUUCAAUCGCUCAUGGCAGUAUUACCACUGCGACUGUCGUUAAGUCUGCCUGGGCUUUGGUACUUGCUCAGCUAUCAGGCCGCUCCGAUGUCGUUUUUGGUCACACAAUUAGCGGCAGGAACGCCACAAUUCCAGGGGUUGAAAGUACAGUUGGUCCAUGUUUGAAUAUCGUCCCCGUCCGAGUGCAAUUUUGCGAAGGGUGGACUGCCCUCGAUUUGCUUCGACUUGUGCAAGACCAGCAGGUCUCCAAUAUGCCUUAUGAGGCACUAGGGUUCCGGGAGAUCACGAGGCAUUGUACGGAAUGGCCAGACUGGACCAACUAUACUACAGUUGUCCAACACCAGAAUGUCAGCUACGGUAAUGAAAUGGAUUUGGGAGGCAACACAUAUAAAAUUGGGGGCGUCGGCGCUGACGAAGACUUUGCCGAUUUCUCGGUUAUAUCCACUCCUAAAGGUUCCGAUCAAUGCGAGCUCACCCUCUCCUUCUCUCAGAACAGCGAUAUCACUCCCAUCUUUGCACAGAAGGUGCUUAACAUGCUUUGCAACGUUGCCUCAAGUUUCACCGCGGAUCCCAACUCUUCGCUUAUGUCACCCGCUGAGCUCACCAAACUAGCACCACAAAUCAUCGAGGAAACAAGUAGACCCAACGACAAUUAUUUUGUCUCUUCGCAACUGCAAGGAUUGAACAGAGCCGACCUCCUCGUUCUAUCCGAUGUCCUUAGCCGCAGCUGGCGGCAAGUGCUCGGAGAUGACAACACAAACGGGCUCAACCUUGAAUCCUCCUUUUUUGAUCUCAACGGGGAUAUUAUGGGUCUAGCUCAGGUAUCCUGGCUCCUGGAACAAGAAGGAUUCAAGGUGAGAAUCGAGGACUUGAUCGACCAUCCCACAAUGUUGGGCCAGAUGGCUGCGAUGUGCGCUUCGAAGGUGGAACAAAGCAAAAUGAGUGAAUCUAUGGCAUCACUGAUAGAUGAAGAUACGUCGACUCCUCCCACUCCGACGACCCCAGUUCCAAAAUCAGAGAAAAAAUCAUGGCUUAAAGCAAUGGGGAUGGCAAGGAGAAUAGUCAAGCGAAAUACUCGACCAUCUUGA